CGCACCGCACCGCCGCACAGUAAACCACCAGCGAUCGCGAGAGACUUCAGCGACAAACCGGCAAUUUGUUCAGCGCGUAUUAAAAGUGAUUUUCACCGACGUGUUUUUCGUGCUUGUGAAUUCGUGAGAGAGAUCCAUUAGUUUUUCAGUUCGAUAAAUAAAUAAUUUUGUGUUCCAAUGGCUGCUAUGUCUGUCAUAGGUAUUGAUUUCGGCAAUGAAUCUUGCUACAUUGCUGUGGCAAAAGCAGGAGGCAUUGAAACAAUAGCUAAUGAUUACAGUCUUCGAGGUACACCAUCAUGUGUUGCAUUUUCAUCAAAAAAUCGAAUAUUGGGAGUUGCUGCAAAGAAUCAGACAGUUACAAAUAUGAAAAACACCGUUUUUGGGUUCAAGAGAUUGUUAGGCAGGAAGUACUCGGACCCACAUGUGCAAAGAGAGCUGAAGCACUUUCCAUUCAAGGUGGAACAAAGACCUGAUGAUGGAAUUGGUAUCCGGGUCCACUAUCUAGGUGAAGAAAGUGUUUUCAGCCCCGAACAGAUAACGGCAAUGUUGUUUACAAAGCUCAAGGAUAUCGCAGCCACGGCCCUCGGCACUCAAGUGAAUGACUGUGUCAUCUCCGUGCCCAGCUACUUCACCAAUGCCGAGAGAAAUGCUCUGUUAGAUGCUGCUGCCAUCUCUGGGCUCAAUGUGCUGCGACUUAUGAAUGAAACCACUGCCACUGCUCUCGCCUACGGUAUCUACAAACAAGAUCUGCCUGCUCCAGAAGAAAAACCGAGAAAUGUGGUUUUUGUAGACUUUGGACAUAGUUCCCUGCAGGUGUCCGCAUGUGCCUUUAAUAAGGGCAAGCUGCGUGUGCUGGCCACUGCUACGGACGCCCACUGUGGAGGCCGCGACAUAGACAUGGCAUUGGCUGAAUACUUCUCCCAGGACAUCCUAACUAGACUUAAGUUAGACGCUAGGAAAAACCAGAGGGCAUUCUUCCGUUUGAUCCAAGAGGUAGAGAAGCUGAAGAAACAAAUGUCAGCAAACAGUACUAAACUGCCUCUCCAUGUUGAAUGCUUCAUGGAGGAAAGAGAUGUGUCAGGCGAGUUGCAGCGCUCGCAGAUGGAGGAGAUCUGCGCUGACACCUUCAACCGCGUCGAGAGGACUCUUAGAUCUAUACUCCACAAUGCUAAACUACGUCCUGAGGACAUCAACUCAGUGGAGAUUGUAGGUGGAUCUACCAGAGUCCCUGCGGUUAAAGCUCUGAUUGAACAAGUCUUCGGGAAAGUGGCUUCAACAACACUUAACCAGGACGAGGCGGUGUCGCGCGGCUGCGCGCUGCAGUGCGCCAUGCUGAGCCCGGCCGUGCGCGUGCGCGAGUUCAGCGUCACCGACGUGCAGCCCUACGCCGUGCGCCUCGCCUGGGACGCGGCGCGCGGCGAGGACGGCGACCUGGAGGUGUUCCCAGCUUUCCAUCCAGCACCAUUCUCUAAAAUGCUGACGUUCUACAGAAAGGAACCGUUCACGGUCAGAGCCUACUAUACCGACCCCGUGCCCUAUCCCGAUUCGUUCAUCGGUCAAUGGAACAUAAAGGAUGUCCAGCCGACCGCUGAGGGCGAAUCACAGAAAGUAAAAUUGAAAGUGAGAGUGAACAUUCACGGAAUCGUCACUGUCGCUUCAGCGUCAUUGGUAGAAAAGAAAGCGGACGCCCAAAGCGACAGCAUAGAAAUGGAAAACGAGAACGCGAACAACCAGGAAACGCCCAUGGAAACUAACGGGUCACAAGAGCAACAGCAGAAUGGGCCCGAGAGCCAAGAGGUGAGGCAAGACGAUAUGCAAGGGGAGCCUCAGCAAAGACAGUCGUGGACACAGAGAGUAGGAUCGUGGUUCAGCGGGGACAAGUCGAAAGACAAGAAGAAGGUGCUAGUGAAGACCGUCGAGUUGCCGAUCGACGCGCGCACCCACGGCUUCUCGCAGCCCGAGCUCAACUCCUACAUGGAACAAGAGGGCAAGAUGCAGGCGCAGGACCGGCAGGAGAAGGAGCGUGCGGACGCGCGCAACGCGCUGGAGGAGUACGUGUACGAGCUGCGCGGCAAGCUGGGCGAGGGCGAGGCGCUGCACGAGUUCGUGGAGCCGGCGCAGCGCGCGCGCCUCGUGGCCGCGCUCGACGCGCUCGAGGCCUGGCUCUACGAGGAGGGCGAGGACCAGAACAGACAGGUACAGACUGGGAUCAGUACGUGUACGAGCUGCGCGGCGAGCUGGGCGAGGGCGAGGCGCUGCACGAGUUCGUGGAGCCGGCGCAGCGCGCGCGCCUCGUGGCCGCGCUCGACGCGCUCGAGGCCUGGCUCUACGAGGAGGGCGAGGACCAGAACAGACAGGUACAGACUGGGAUCAGUACGUGUACGAGCUGCGCGGCGAGCUGGGCGAGGGCGAGGCGCUGCACGAGUUCGUGGAGCCGGCGCAGCGCGCGCGCCUCGUGGCCGCGCUCGACGCGCUCGAGGCCUGGCUCUACGAGGAGGGCGAGGACCAGAACAGACAGGUACAGACUGGGAUCAGUACGUGUACGAGCUGCGCGGCGAGCUGGGCGAGGGCGAGGCGCUGCACGAGUUCGUGGAGCCGGCGCAGCGCGCGCGCCUCGUGGCCGCGCUCGACGCGCUCGAGGCCUGGCUCUACGAGGAGGGCGAGGACCAGAACAGACAGGUACAGACUGGGAUCAGUACGUGUACGAGCUGCGCGGCGAGCUGGGCGAGGGCGAGGCGCUGCACGAGUUCGUGGAGCCGGCGCAGCGCGCGCGCCUCGUGGCCGCGCUCGACGCGCUCGAGGCCUGGCUCUACGAGGAGGGCGAGGACCAGAACAGACAGGUACAGACUGGGAUCAGUACGUGUACGAGCUGCGCGGCGAGCUGGGCGAGGGCGAGGCGCUGCACGAGUUCGUGGAGCCGGCGCAGCGCGCGCGCCUCGUGGCCGCGCUCGACGCGCUCGAGGCCUGGCUCUACGAGGAGGGCGAGGACCAGAACAGACAGGUACAGACUGGGAUCAGUACGUGUACGAGCUGCGCGGCGAGCUGGGCGAGGGCGAGGCGCUGCACGAGUUCGUGGAGCCGGCGCAGCGCGCGCGCCUCGUGGCCGCGCUCGACGCGCUCGAGGCCUGGCUCUACGAGGAGGGCGAGGACCAGAACAGACAGGUACAGACUGGGAUCAGUACGUGUACGAGCUGCGCGGCGAGCUGGGCGAGGGCGAGGCGCUGCACGAGUUCGUGGAGCCGGCGCAGCGCGCGCGCCUCGUGGCCGCGCUCGACGCGCUCGAGGCCUGGCUCUACGAGGAGGGCGAGGACCAGAACAGACAGGUGUACGUGGACAAGCUGACGGAGCUGCGCACGGAGGGCGAGCCCAUCAAGCAGCGCCGCCUGGAGUUCGAGCUGCGGCCCGGCGCGCUCGACGACUACUCGCUCGCCAUACAGCUCGUCAAGAAGGCCGUCGACUUG